AUGUCGUCGUCCAACGGAAUCAAGACGGAAGAUGGCGCCUACAUCAAGCCUGAGAUCGACGCCGACGAAUUCGAAGACACGGGCGAGUGUCAGAUGCCGCGCUCCGAGGACGACCAACAGGCCUGGCUCUGCAAACUGCCCAAGUGGUUAUGGACUGCCUGGGCUGACAUGGCCGACGACGAAGAGAUUGAAAUCGGCAAAGUCCGCGUCUACCACCAGCCAAACCCGGACGGCUCGCAGAAGAUCCAGAUGAAGCUGCACGACCUGCCCAAGCAUCAAGACGUUCCCAAACUCUACGACCUGUCCAGUUCUCGCGGCCAGUACAACAACACCGUCGUCUUCUCCGAACGCGAUCAGCCUGGCUUCAAGGCUUGGAACCCAAACCGCGUGAGGAAGGAUACCAGAAACCUGAACUACAAGNAACAAACCGCUCUCGCCGGCUUCAUCAAGGCCGAGAUGGCCGUCACAGCCGUCGAGAACGAGGAGUACCGCCGUCUGACCGAUCGCCGCUUCAUGGAGCUCUUCCAGCCCAAACGCACCACUCGCUUCGAGUCCGGCGCCGACGCAACCGUCCACUCCAACACUCAAGCCAACCAAGCCUUCAGCAGCUUCAUCAAGGCCACCCAGGCCAAGAAGCCUGUCAAGAAGCAACAAGAGAAGGCUGUUCGUGUCAGCCAGGAAGAACUCUUUGAUCUUCUUACAGACUGCUUCAAGCAAUACCGCUACUGGUCGCUCAAGGCUCUCAAACAGCGCUUGCAUCAGCCUGAGGCUUUCAUCAAGCAGAAUGUCGAGAAGAUUGCCACUCUCAUGCGUAGUGGUAAAUUUGCCAUGAACUACAGGCUCAAUCCUGAGUACGAGAGAACUGUCAACAUCGACCCUGCCAACGUCAAAGAAGAAGUUGCCGAUGAGGUUGAAGAUGAUGACGAAGACGACGAUGAUGAAGAUGAUGAAGACGGUUACGAGGACGUCAAGAUGGAAGACUCUUGA